AUGCUUUCGUCAAGCCUUGUAACUCUCUUGCUGGCUACAGCUGGAAGCGCCGUGCCACUCGCCGCUUCCAACGAGCUGAACAGCACCAAAUGGACCCCUGGGCAUGUCCUCCAGCCCGACGAGGUCAUCCUCUACGGCGACGGCCGCAUGGAAGUGGUCCACGAAAGCGUGUACCACACCUUCUUGGCCUCGCAAGGUCUGACCGACGCACCUGAGCCGUUCGUCCCGCUGAAUACCGAGACUGAACCCACCAACGCCACCGACUCUGAUCUCCACGCCCGCCAGUCCUGCGAUCUCACCACCGCCGUGGUGACUGACCACACCCAGACCUUCAUCGACUGGGACGUGCAGAUGUCGCCCGUCGUCAUCGGCACCGGCGCCGGCAUCGACGUGUACGUCAGCUCGGGGUACAGCGUCAGCAACAGCAUCACCACCAGUGCCGGCCUCGACUGGACCCUGAUCAAAGAUAAGCUGGGUGUCUCCGCGGGCGUGGACUACUCGCGUACCUGGACGACUCAGACGGUCGUCAACAUCAAGGGAACCGUUGCUAAUGGGUACUCUGGUGUCAUGAUCACCAAGCCGAUUAAGACAAGGAAGACGGGUCGUGCGCUGAAGGGCUGUAUUGGCUCCCAGACUGAGACUGGUACUUUCCAGGCCGAUUCGUAUGAGGAGGGAUCCUAUGCUGGGGUCAAGUGGGUGUCGGGCGCUAUUACUAUGUGCUCGAAGAAGGAGUUUCCUCUGUCUCGUUGCACUGGAAGUGGGAACUUUGUUUGA